GAAAGUUCAUUGUUCUGAAUACAAAAGUUCGUGGUGAGCUUGCUAUCCUGUUCCCGAAGUCACCGGGACGUGCGUUACUGUUUCUUACAAUGGAUGAGGUGCUCAAAUGUGUUCUAGCCAGCGAAUUGUCGGGUGAAAUCAAACAAAAGAUUCUCCGAAACUGUUUGGUGUACUUGAAAAAUGAGGCUGAUAUGAAGGACGCUUUGGAUUUGGGUGUUGUAUGUCUACGCUAUCUCCAUUCACUUGCAGACCCUAAGCAGACGUAUCGGUACGAAUUGGAGUGCAUCUGUCGAGAAAUCAUCUCUCAGUUAUCGGACUCUGACGUCGAUUGUAUGAUAGACAAACUGAAGCUGGCUUUUGCGACGGAUGUCAGUUCUUUCAACUUGCACUCCGUAGAUUACGCCAUCGACUAUGCACGCACCAUACACGAGGCUGGAAAAUUGAUAUGCUUAGUUAGGCAAUUAGAGACCCAUAGCGUGGACAUAGUUGAUGGAAUUACUUCGGUGUUACGGAUUUUCAACAGACUACCUUUAGUUUCUCCUUUCGUCGAACUAAAUGAAAUUAAGCAAGAACUUUCUAUCAUUUGGUCCAGCAUUUAUCUCAUCGAUGGAUUGAGGAGAGAGCAAUCCGAUGCGCUUACAACGGGACUGUUACUUUUUCUCGCGCACUUGGGCUGCCAUGAUGGCGCUAAGGGCACGUUCAUAUUUGAUACGGUUAGCGCUCUUUCCUACCGGGCGUCCGAAGCUCUUUUACAUAUCAUGUCAAUCAAAGCGUACAAUGAGGACGGUGAAGUUUCCGCUUGUGAUGAAGGGAAAUUGGCGGCCUUUUUGAAAAUCUUUGUGGACAAGUUUUUGAUUAUCCCGGUUUCAGCAGAAACUUGCUACUUGCCGUUGGCUUCGUUCUUAUUUUGUCUGGAUUCAUCCACAUCUUCUUCGGACGAAAAUGUUGCUAUGUUAUCUUCUUUUGUUGAAUCCGUGGUCGAUAACCAUGUUCAUAGCGCUGAUGAGUGUGUUGCUAUUAUAAAACGACUCAUUGUGUGGUUGAUGUGGCCGGGUACCGAUUUACAUCAAUCUCCACUGGACAAAUGGAUCAUCAGUUUUAUCUGCCACUACAGCUAUCGACUUCAUUCAGCGAAUGGCCUUAGAUCCAGCCCACCAGCGCCUUGGCUUCAUUUUAUUGUGGAUCAACUGCGUUUUGUGCUUAGCAUACUUUGCGAACAAUGGCUCCCUUCAACCGCAGUGUUGAACACGCUGAGCUUCCUGCUAUUAGCUGGUAAUCCAACGAUAAGUGAUCCCAGAUACAUUUUAAUUAAAAAUGAACUCUUACCAACCUUGUGCAGUAUUUUGGAAAAGUUUAAAGGACGUAUUCCGAUCGAGGAGGAAGAAUUCGUACUCCGUCGGCUAUCGAGUGUUAUGCAACUUCUAGCAGCUUCUCUACGCAAGGUGGACAAUAACUCGGUUCUUCUCGUAUCAGAUUCAUUUGGAAAUGCUAUCCGCUCAUUUUUUAAGCAAACCAAUACCCUAGUCAACAGUCCGGUAUCGGAGAAAGGGGCCUCAGAGCACCUAGCAGUCUACAGUUGGCCCACUUUGCUUCGUUGGGGUUCAAAGGCAGGUACCAACCUGCGUCGUUGUUGGGCCAAGUGGGACAAGAUUUCCUAUGGUAUCAGAUCGGAUCAGUUGCUUACGCGCCGCAUCGCUGCAACGUCAGACGAGCACAGAGCCAACGAUUAUCGGGGACUAGUGAACAUUGGCAACACGUGCUACGCAAACGCGGCUCUCCAACUCUUAUAUCACUGUCCCGACUUCCGAUUGGCGCUCCUCGGGAGUGACAUACCAAGUCCACCUGUAUCGUCCGCCGCCUGUCCUUUGUUAGAACGAACUGCAGCUCACUCAGCGUCGCCUACCUGCGAUUUAGAUGCUCCUGCUGCUUCCACUUGUGUCUAUCGCGGCUCCUAUGCUCCGCGUAAGGAAGUUGGCCUACUGCAUUCACAGCUCUUCUUUCUUUUCCGGGCACUGAACACAUCUCAGGGUCCCGCCGUGGGCGAUCUUGGAGCCGUCCUUACUCUGUCCAAGCCGGAACAUUUUGUUAACGGAGAACAACAGGAUGCAUCGGAGUACCUUAAUCACCUGCUGGACCGAUUGCACGAAGAGGAGUUGGGGCUAAACAAUUCACGUAGCAUCAGUGGGAAUGACUUUCGUUCCUUAAGUCCUCACUCCUCGCAGUCACCUUGCCAGACUACCGACGCACAAACCACAUUUGUCUCUACUUCCACUGACACCGACCACUUAUCAAAUAGUUCGGCUCCUUCCGCAACUCAGCCCAAUGUUUCUUCUUAUUAUGUUGACUCGGUUGGUCAGAACUCCUCCACCAAUUCUGGUAGCUCCCUGGUCCAUCGGUUGUUCGGUGGACAAUUGGUACAUCACACAUCGUGCACUGAGUGCGCCCAUGUGUCGAGCACGCGGUAUGAACACUUUUCUCUGUUGUAUCUCCCCGUCGCGUCCACCGAGGAGAUAACGCUGGAAUCAGAACAGAAGCAAGCAGGAUCCAGCUAUGCGAUGGAACAAGAUGCACGUGCUUCACACGCCGAUCUUGAUCUCACUUCUUUGAUUCGCACCCAUUUCACACAAAUCGAAUACGUGCCGACCCAGGAACAAUGCGAAUCUUGCGGCAAAGUAGCUAAGCGAGCCCGAAGGUUGAGCUUACGUCAUUUAGCCUCACACGUGUUUAUCUGUUUGAAUGUAUUCACUUAUUGUCGUUCAAAACAAUCCGGAUCGAAGAUCUCGCACAGAAUCGCCAUUCCCGAGCGUCUAUCUGUGACUUUUUCUGAGCAUAACAACACGUCCACCGAUGCGAAUGUGUCAACCGUGCCUCAGUCGGGUGAUGAACACCCGCAAGCAGUUACUUCUCGUUCCUACGCUUUGCACGGUAUGAUAUUACAUCACGGAAUGUCCAUCAGUUGCGGUCACUACACCUGUGUCACUCGAGUGGGCAUGCAGUGGAUUUGGUUUGAUGACGACACUGCUCGAUACACCACUCUCGAGCAGGUGUACUCAAAACCAAUGACUACACCGUACCUACUUUUGUACAUACAAGUUUGAUGAUCUCUGUUUUCUUUCGACAAACCCUAUUACCAUAAUCUUCCAGUUAGAGAUUUAUUUGUGCCUUAUUGUACAGACCUACGUUAACUUACUUCAUUUAGCUCUCACAAUGUCUCUGCUCACCGAUCGUUGGCUGUGCAAUACCUCUUCUUCUUUCUCCUCCUCCAGUGACCAUAAUUUACCACUUAAAUCUGGCAUACCAAUACCAGGCACUUUUCCCAUGUAUACUUUUACCUCGAUCUGGCGAGCAUAUCCUUGCGCGUGAUUCUUAGAUUGAAUCCACAUGCGUGCAUCACAGUUUUGAGUGCGUGAAUCUCACCGUUUUACCACUGUGAACACGCUUGCAGUUAUGGCAUGUGUUGAUGCUUCGACCAGCACUUGGAUCCACCUCAAAGUCAAGACUGGAUGAUAGAACUAAUAAACUAAAAUUUGCCGAUAGCAUGUAUUUAGCAUCUUUUCUCUAGGCAACCUACACCUUGAGUACUUGAGCAGGUUUUAUUCGAAAGAUUUUGCGUUUACGAAGUGCCAUAAACUCCUUUUUCUUUCACUCUUCAACCUAAAGCACAA